AUGAUUCCCAAGGCCGCCCUUCUCGGGGGACUUCUCGCGGCAGCUACUGCUGUCUCUGCCGUGACCGACUGGUCCUCCCAACGCUGGGAUGUGGUCGUGGUUGGGGCCGGCACUGCUGGCAUCAUUGUCGCCGACCGAAUGAGCGAAGCCGGAUACAAGACCCUUUUGCUGGAGCAAGGUGGCAAGUCGUACGGCAUUGUAGGCGGCAACGAGAAGCCCGGAUGGUUAAACGGGACCGACCUCAGCAGAGUCGAUGUUCCCGGCCUGUACUCGACCAUCUUUGACGGCAAGUCGCCCUUACUGUGCAAAUGGGAUCAAGUGGCCGCAUUCCAGGCAUGUACGGUCGGCGGCAACAGUGCCAUCAAUGCCGGGUUGUAUUUCCAGCCGCCAGCAUCAGACUGGGAUGACUAUCAUCCUCAAGGCUGGCACAGUCGGGACGUCCAGCCCGCCGUCGAGAGGCUUUUGAAGCGCCAGCCGGCUCUCACCAGCUACUCAGAGGACGGCAAGUUUUAUGCCCAGAGCGGCUACGAAGCCAUGAAGACGUGGAUUGUUGACAAUGCCGGCUACGCAAACGUCUCGUUCCUCGAAACCAUCGACAACAAGGCAGGCGUUUUUGGGCGUCCGGUGUACAACUACAUUGAUGGACAGCGAGGAGGGCCGACCCGAACCUAUUUGCAAAGCGCGCUGGCUCGAGGCAACUUUCAUCUCGAGACCGGCGUUUACGUGCAACACAUUGAACACGUAAAUGGCACGGCAUCUGCUGUUGCCGUUCGUCUCCAAAACGGGGAUCAAAGGUCCAUCGCGCUCACAAGCUCGGGCAGAGUAGUCUUGAGCGCUGGCGCCAUGCUGUCGCCAAAGAUUCUCAUGUACUCUGGCAUUGGCCCGCAGGAAUCGCUCAGCAAGCUGGCGGCCAAGAGCUUCACGCCGUACAACGAGUCCUCGUGGAUUGUGCGACCGCACGUUGGGACUGGCCUCUUUGAUAACCCCAACACCUUCAUCGUGCUGUCUUCUCCGGACGUUGAAUCGUACGUCUACAAGUACGAAGAUCCAGCUCCGGCGGAUCGAGACCUGUACCUGACGUCGCGCAGCGGCCCGUACAGCUUUGCUUCUCAGACGUCUGCCUUUUGGACCUAUGUCAAUCACUCUGAUGGCACGCGAAGCGGAGUUCAAGGCACAGUCAGCUCUGCCGGAUACGCUGACCACACAGGAAACAAUACCAUCACCCUAAACAUAUACGGCACCUCGGGUCUGUUGUCGUCGGGUCGCGUGCAGUUGUCUGACGACGGCAAGUUUACCGCUCAUCCAAGCUCCGACGUAUACUACUCGCAUCCGCGCGACGGAGAGAGUGUCGCCACGUUUAUUCAUUCUCUGUUCCAGCGCCUUCCUGCGUCAACUCCGGCGUCCCCUGCCAAGGAUGGGUUGACGCCACUCAACAUUGCUCAAAACUCAACCCUGGAAGAGAUUAGAAAGUAUGUCACGACCCCAUCGGCCUAUGCAGUCGGGGCCGUACAGCACUGGUCGAGUUCAUGCCGUAUCGGCAAGUGUGUCGACGCAGACACAAAGGUCAUGGGCACCAACAAUAUCCACGUUGUGGACGCUUCCAUCCUUGCUCCUCUGACUGUCAAUCCUCAAUUCGCAGUCAUGGUGGCUGCCGAGAAGGGCUCUGAGAGAAUAAUUGCAGCAAUGAAGGGAAACAGUUGUCGCCGACGAUGGCAAAAACGACAAAAGUAG